AUGCCGAGACCCUCUGCAACCCCUAAUCUUCCCAGUGUGAAGCCCCUGCGAGGUAAAACGGAUAUUUCUCAACAACAACAACAACGCCCCGCUUCUGCGCAUCAGCCCGAAGUGUUAGUCGUAGAAAUGGAUGAAGAAGACGAACAGACGUUUAACCCGGAAGAAAUAGAUGUACUUACAUGCAGUGAUGAAGAUUUUGAAGGAUGUCUUGAUUAUAUUAAGGAAUCCACCCAUCGUGGAGAAGAUUUACAACCAAAGAAAAAAGGUAUGAAGGGUUAUACUAAAAAACAAAUAGCUGCUUUAUAUGAACGAUUAGUUGCUUAUCAUUCCUCUUUGGUACGUGCAAGUCAAACAUUACAUACUUUUAUCAAUCGUUUAGAAGAACGAAUUGGAAGAAUUCGAUAUGAUGAAUCUCUACUGCAUGAGUAUUACCGAACCCUUGAAGAGAGUAUUGAACGUGGUGAAGAGGAUGUACUCCAUAGAGAUAAUUUAUAUCAUCGUUGGCAACGAGAAUUAAAACGUGUGGCUCCUCGUCAUCGUUACGCUGAAGAACGAGAACAUUUACAAUUACGUCAAUUAAAAUUACAGGAUUUAUUACAAGAAAUAGAAACGGAUAUGCGUGAUUUUGCUGUAAAUGAUGUAGAUGAUGCCGCAUUAAGUCGAGAAUACCGUAUGGGUAAUACAGAAGGAGGAAAAUUAGAAGAAGUAUAUGAAGAUGCAGCCACUGUUGGAAGUAGUCCAGAAGCACGAUUACGAAUGCGAGCCUUACGACCUCUUUUACAACGUGUACGUGAAUUACGUAUAUUACCAAAUUUACCUCCAAGUGGAGUUCAUUCACGAUUACGAAAAGAAUUAAUUUUACCCUUUUCCGCACGUGUAUUGGCAUUAAAAAUGGAUGAUGGUAAUAACACAGGUGAUCGUUUUGUAGAAUGGUAUGUAAAUGCUGUUAUUGAUCCUUUAGCCUUAUCUCAAUUAGUGGAAUUAGUUCCACGUGAUUAUCUUGUUACUACUACAGUUCGACUUGUUAAUGCCUGCGAUACGUGUGCCAGUUUACGUCAAUCACAAGCACUUCCAGAUGUUUCUCAUGUUGUUUUGCAAGCCAUUGCGGAAGGUCGAGCAGAUGCGGUGGCUUCUCUUAUCUUAUCCUCAUCUGGUUCAUAUUUACGUGCCCUUGAGAGUAGAGAAAAUGUGGCUAUUAUUUUCUAUACCGCAUUGAUUACAGGUCAAAUUGAGGUAUUACGUCGAUUGAUGUCUGUUGGUUUCUACAAUACGAAUGCACUUAUAGUAUGGCUUUUUUUAAAUCCUAAUAUGUCUGAUGAAUUUUAUGUGAAAUAUAUGAAAGGGAUAGGAAAUAUUGUAAAUAAAUUUAUGGAGGAGGAAGCAAGAGCUGAACAGGAUAAUGCUGGAAGUGAAGCCCAUCGUGCGAUAUUAGAUGAUGUUGUAUUUGAAUUACCCCAUAAAACCUUGGAUAAUAUGGAUAGUGGAAUGAAAAUCACAUCUCUUACAUCUGGUCUUUGUGAAGAUUUAAGACGUUUUCUUCGAGAUCGAAGUUUAUAUAAAAGACAAGUUUCUAUUUCUAUGGGAACUCGUCCAAAUACAGGAGGAGGAGUGGGAGUGGGAGUUAGACCUUCCACACUUGGAUCUGCAAAACCACAAACAGGAUCACCACCAUCAGGAACAACACCAUCAGGAUCACCUUUGGGUAUACGAACAACGGGACGAUAUAGUAUUUUUCCUUCUUAUUCAAGUGAUUUAUCUUUUUCAUCACUAUUAAGUAGAAAAAAAUUAGAUCGUUUGUUAUUAUCACCUAUACAAUGUGCAGUUUUACCAGCUGUAAGUACAUCUCUUAUAAGACGUGUGGAUCCUUUAGGAUAUACACCACUGGAAGGGACAACAUCACAUCUUUUACUUGUAGGGGAUACAUCUACUGCAAAUGUUCAUACCGUACGUUUACCAUCUCAUUUUACUUCUUCAUGGGAUGGAAAUGAAUCUAUUCAAUCUGAAAAUACAAGAAGAAGACGAAAAAAUCAACAAGCUGAUAUGGAUGCAAAGAAUUUAACUUUUUACUAUGAAGCUCAUAUCUCUUUAAAAUUUAUGAUGAAUGAUGUUCCUAUAAGUGAAACACCUUUUAGUGUAUCUUCUUUAUCAAAUGAUGAAAAUGAAAACGUACCAAUGGAAGGAUUACAACAAUCAAAUGUAUUUGUUGGUUGGUGUACAGACGCUUGUGUUGGAGCCGCAGAUGGACGAUCUACACAACCUCCACUUGGUAGUGAUUGUAAUUCUUUUGGAAUAUCCUUUGAUGUACUACAUAGAUGGCAAAAGAAUAGUUCAACAGAGGAAAUUAUUCUUCGUCCGAUGAAACAUACAAUGGGAAGAACAACUCCUUUCAUUGUAGGGAAUGAGGAAUCACGAGAGUCAUCAAGAAUCCAUUAUCAUCAUCAUAAUAGUGGAGUGGAAAAAGAAAUUUCACUUAUUCGUGUACAUGUGGAAGAUGCUGGUUUAGAGAAUAAUGAAGAAAAGGAUACGGAGGAUGAUUUUACCAGUACUAUAUACUCUUCACCCAUUCAUCGACAUCCACAUGUGAGUCCUACACCUUCUCCAUUAGAAGAUUCGGAAUAUCACACAAUGGAAGUGAUGGUUACAGAAACUGUAGUCCCUACGGUGAGUUUAAUUCAACAUGUCUUUAAUGAUAACGAUAAUAAAGAAGAAGAAGAAAAAGAAGAAGAAGAAAAAGAAGAAAAUACAGAGAAGUUUUUUACAGCAGAGAAUUUGGUAUUUUCUAAUUGUGCCACUGUUAUUAGAGGUAUAUCUGUAUAUAAAUCUUUAGCACUUGUAGUGGGAUGUCGAGUAAAUUUAGGAACAGGAUGUGCUUCUUUUACAUUAAAUGGAACUUCUCUUGGUGUGGCCUUCUAUACAUUACCACCAGCCUUAUCCCUACGGCCAGCGGUGAGUCUUCAAGCCUCACGAAGUAUUACGAGUCGAAUACAAAAAGAAAAUCCAUUUAAUGCUGUAGCCGUUCGUUUUGUAUUUGCACAGAAUUUAUUAUUGGCAAGUCAUAUUAUCACUCAACAAGGAUUUCCUCCAAGUGAUAUUUUUUCCUCUGAUGUCGGCAGUUCUAAAACUCCGAAUCAAACAAAAGAAGAUCUUCUUCGAUCUAUUCCUGGGGCACUUCCUAUUACACAUACACUGUUAUUUGAUGAAUCUAUGAUGAACUGUGCACUUCUGAGACUUCUCACAUGUGAAGAGGAUUCCUUAUCAAUGGGUGAGAAUGAUGAUGAGGAACUUUUAAGAGGAGAUAAAGAAGCAUUAGCACUUGGGGCAUCUUCACGAGUUACUACCACAAGUGUUCGACAAAUGUUAAAUGCCUUAUCUUCUGCAGAAACUAUGUUAUUCUUUCCUCCUGUACUUCUUAAACGCCGUAGUGAUGAUGCGGAUAGAGAAGUUAAUGGUGUUACGAUUAUUCCAGAAGAUGCUUCUUUAGUGCCUCUUUGUAUUGCUCUUGCGUUAAGACAACGUAUUCCGGCUUAUCGUAUUGCGGUUCAUCCUCUUACAGACUUUACGAGUAUGGAUGAUGUGAAUAUUCGUCAAAGACGAAUGGCUGUACUCGCCGCAGCGACAUUAGGAUAUGGAGAAAUUCUUCAUGUUUUACUGGAACGUAUUUCUUUAUAUGAGUUUUUGGAAUUAUUUACUAUUAGAAGUUCAGAAGAAAAAGAUAAAAGAACAAGUUCAAGUAUGUCAAGAAAUAGUCGAUUGAUUUCUUCUGCUGGUAAUACAACGACGAAAAGAGUGGCUUCUGCUACCAUGUUACAUCGUGUGGAGUAUACACCCUUACAUUGUGCUAUUCUUGAAGGUCAUCAAGAUUGUGUACAUCUUAUUCUUUAUUAUUUAAAUGAAACUAUAUCUGAAGAAUAUAGACGACAUGCCUUAAAUGUAUUAACACGUAGUGGAGAAACCGCUUUAUUAAUAGCAUGUCGUUUAGGUUAUACAGAUAUUGCUAAACAACUUCUUUCUAUGGGAGCUGCACCUUCUAGUUUUGAUCGUCUUACUCGAGCUAAUUGUUUAGAACUUGCCUGUGCUAGUCGUAGUGAAGAAAUUGCCAUGAUGUUACUUCAAACACCGGAUUAUCAUUCUUAUGUUGCUGUUAAUCAAGCCGGUGUGGCCCCACCAUUAUGUUGGUGUGCAUUAAAUAAUAUUGGAUCUCUUAUUCGACCAUUACUGGAAAAUGGAGCCAAUCCAAAUGUUACUUUAGAUGGACCCACACCUCUGUUAUUAGCAGUGAGUUUUGGUAGUGAACAGGCCGCAUUGGAAUUAUUAAAUUGUUGUCAUGCUACUUCUAAUGUUGCCUUAUCUGGAACCUCUAAUCAGGAUUCUUUUACUUGUUCAUCUCAACAACAAAAUCAACAACAACAACAACAACAUCUUACUACUACUACUACUACUACUACUGCUGCUCGUUCCUUAAAAACAAAUUCCAUGAUGGGAAAUAAAGGAGUAAUUGCUACAUUAGAUGUGGAUGCGUUAGAUCCACGAACACAAUGUGCAGCUCUUCACUUGGCAUGUGAACAAGGACAAUUGGAAGUUGUUCGUGCACUUAUUACAAAAGGAGCCUCUUUAAAUUUACAAAAUAAUUCUACUUAUGCUAAUCCAUUACAAAUGGCUAUUAUGAAUCGUCAUGAAACCUUAGCUUUGGAUAUAUUAGAAUAUGCAAAAGAUAAAUUACGUAGAGGUACAAAUGUAUUGGAUAUUGCUUCUAUUGAAAAGAAUGGAGAUACCGCUUUACAUCUAGCCGCACAAGAGGGUUUACUUCAAGUAAUUGAAUACAUUAUGUCUCAAUUUUCAGAUGAGGAAAUUACACGACUUUGUACACUUCGUACUUUUGCCAAACGUCCAAAUGCGAUGAGUCCAGUAGCCACAAAUAGACAAGGACGAACACCACUGUUAUUAGCCAUUCAUGCGCAUCAAGAAGCAGCGGCUCAACUCAUUGUCUCUUUAAUGCCAGAAGGUGUACCAAAUCCUGGAGGUCCUGUUAUUGAAGGAACUUGUCUAGCGAUACUCUCAAGUGAUGCGGAGGGACUUGAUAAUGUUACUUUAUUUCUUUUAUCUCAAAAAGGAUAUGUGGCUACAGAUGCCUUUCGUGAAGGUUUCUUUACACGAUAUAAUGCGAAACGACUACAAAUGGAUUUAAGUGAAGAUGCAGCUCUCGUUUCAGCUGAAGAAAAGAGUCAGGAUAAUCUUUUCCCUCUGGAUAUAAAGGAUUCACUUAAGAAUAGAAGAGACCAAGAACGAUCAUUGGGUUCGAGUGAUCUUCGAUAUUUACAAGUAAGUGUACAAGAACAGGAACAAUCGCAACAACGACGUGGGACGAAUGUUACGGCAAGGUUUUUAGCUCGUGCUAGUGCAACGAUGAUUGGUGCUUCUCGAAAGUUGGGAGUUCCUAAAGAGAAACGAUCUCUAGCUUUAUCACAGCGACGAAUACCAGCACGGAAUCGAUCUUAUCGAACGGAGAGUCAAAGAAGACGAAGUACAUUUGUACAGAUGUUACUUGCAAAAGGAGGAACAGCCCCAUCUGUACGGAAAUCUAUUCAAUUCUUAGAACAGGGAUUUGCACUGGAGGAAUUAUAUGUAAUGGUGGAUAUUAUUUCAAGUGAAACCUCACGUGUUUCUCAGAGUAUACGAGCUAUGCAAUAUGUAGAAAUCAUUACAAACUUCCUUCGUGAACAUGGCGGUGUGCGAGUACCCUCAAGUGAUGCUGUAAUUUUUGCCCGAAAACUUCUUGCGGUACCAACAUUAGUAAAAGCAGUAGAAAUUGUAGGAAAAGAAGAAGCAAAACGAAAAUUAUUAGAAAUGCGUCCAUUUUGUCAAGAAAUGAUUAAUCUCAUACGUACACGUGGACAACAUGAGGAUUGUGUAGAUGAGAUGCAACACAUGUUAGACCAACGAAGUACAGCUCAUGGUUGUUCCUUUAUAGAUGAUGUUACUUCUCCAUUUGGUUUUACCGCUUUACAAUUAGCCGCUUCUUUGGGUUUACCGCAUGUAUGUGAUUUUCUUCUCAGUGAAUGUGAAAUGGAUCCAUUAUAUGUACCGCAGAAAGUAACAACAGUUGUGCAGAGUAGUGCUAAAUGGUUGGCCACUCCUUUUCGUUUGGCAUUACGUUCUUUAAGUGUAGAAACCGUUUCUCUCUUUUUAUCACUUGCCAAUUCACCAGAGGAUUUACAGAAACUACUUGAACACAAGGAAUUAUUACAAGCGGAUGAACAACAACAAACCGCCGUGCAGGAAAUUAUUGCUAAACCCAUUGAUUCACUUUCUCCUGGAACAGCUAUAGACGUUUUACAUUUAUUACGUUUAUUGCUUGCUCAUGGGGCUGUUGUUCAGGGGAAUUUUGAUGCGGAUGGAAAUGAUGCGUGGAUGUUGGCGGUUCGCACUACACCUGGAAAAGGUACAAGGUUACAAAUCUUUCUAGAUGAGGAUGUGGAAUUGGGAAGUGUAGAUCAUCAUAUGGAUAAUAAGAAAAAGAAAGGAUCACAAGAGAGGCCAUCACGAACAUCCACUUUGGACGAUGCUGGGAAAGAAAUGCCAAGUGUUGUACUCAAGUUAAUAGAUAAAGAUGGAAGUGUAGAUACACCAAGGGAAUCCCAUCAUAAUAACGAUAAUGAAAGUUCUCUUCUUUCUCUCGCCAUGUCAUUAUCUAAUGAUGUCUUUACCACUCCUCAUAUUGGAUUACCCACAGUUGGAAUGGAUAGUUCACAUUCUGCUGUCCAUAGUGUACGAGCCAGACAAAAAGAAGGUUCCAAUGCCUAUUAUGCACAACUUCUCUUUUUAUGUGCAGAGUAUAAUCCACAGUGUUUGGUAUCUUUAUUACAACAAUACUCUUCUGUACUUUCACCUUCUCUAUUUAAUCCAUCAACAGGAGAUACACUCUUAAUCUUUCUACUGCGAAAAGCUGCAAAUAUUUAUGCAGCGGAGUGUGGAAUGGAAACAUUAUCAGCAGAGAUGAGUCAUGAAGAUGCUCUACAGUCUACAAGACGUUUAUUUGUAGAAAAUGAUUUAAAUAAUAUUGUAAAUGAAGACGGUAUUCCUUAUAGAGAUCCACUUUCUAUUCCAAGUGUUUAUCGUUUGUUAUUAGUGGUGGAACAAUUAUUACGAAAGUUUACAUUUACAAAUCUUUAUUAUGAACAAGAGGAUGGUCAAACCGCUUUAGCUCUUGCAGCUCGUAUGAGUUAUACUCCACUUGUAGGACUUAUUGUUCGAGCAGAGAGUAGACGACCCACCGUAAGUACAUUAGCCCCAACCACUGCAAAUAAUUCUCUUGCCGCCACUCUACGUCCAAGUGUGAACAGUGCUUGUUUUGAUAAUGGUAUUAUAAAUGAAAAACUAAGAAGAAAUUUAGAAAGUUCCUCGUGUUGGAUGAUACUGGCUACACGUUUAUAUUAUGGUGAAGAAGAUAUGAAAACUAUUAUGACUAUAUUAAAUAAUCUUUCAGAUGAUGAGACAAAAUUUUCCUUCUUGUCAUUUGUAUAUUCUAAUUUACAUCCUAUUUUGGGAAUUCGUUUAGCAGCGAUGUAUGCAAGUAAUGUAAGGCGAUUCCUUAUGCGUGCUGAGGCUGUAAAUGCCUUUUGGUGUAAUGUUCUCUAUGCUCACUAUGCAGGAAGAUUAGAAGAAGUAAAUGUGACAUCAUCUGAGUGGAGUUCUAUUCUCACCGUAUUACUCCCUACAGCUCCUUCUAUUCCUAUAUAUAUAAUUAAAGCGAUACCAUCUUUUGCAAGAGAUUCGAUAAAAGAUGAAAAAAGUAUCACAGUAUCCGGACCUAUAGAUAUAAAUGGAAUUCCAACAUUUUCACCAAAAGAAAAAGGAAUAGUAGGUGGUCGUGAUUCAUCCAAUUGGAGAUUUAUUGUAAAGAGAACGGAUAAUUAUGUUAAACAACUCUCUGCAGCAGCGGUGUAUAUAGCAGUACCUCCUCAUGUCUUGACGUCUUUGCAAACUGUUAAUAGUGGAUUCUCUAUGACGACUGCACAACGUACUAUACUUACUGCUAUGGCAGCUCAUUUUCAUGAAAUUAUAGAACUUUCAGUACGUUUUGAUAACCCUACACUUAUGACAUCUCUUAUUAGUUUAGUUCCAGAAGAAUUAAAUAGCUCUUUAAAAUAUGAGUGGCGUAGUUUAAUUGAGGAACAUCACUUUGAUGUUAUUGCUAUUGCUGCUAGUAGUGUUCAGGUUCUGAAAUUUUUCACAGAGAAUCCAGAAACAGCACCAUAUAUAAGUAUAAAUCGAUAUGAUCGUAUUAAUCCUAAUAAUGGAAUUCCUGAAGAUUUAAAUGUACAAGUACACUUAACAGAAGAACCUCGUCGUCCUGUAGCUCGAGGUUCUGUUAGUUUAGCAUCUCUUCUUAAACGACAUGCAAGUGAAACGGGAAGUAUUGUUGGACUUUCACCCGGACGAAGGAAUUUAGAUAGACAAUCUCUUGCCUCCAUUGAUAUUAAACUCACCGCCACCACCAACAACAAUAACACCACCAAGAGGAGUAAAGAAGUUAAACUCAUGGCUGUAGGUUUAUUAGGAUUAGAUGUCCAGAGUGGGGACAAUCCCCUUAGUGAUUUAGAUGGCACCCAUAAUGAAGAUGGAAUGGCAGAGAAUGGAAUGCAUUAUGUCGAUAUGUUAACAGCAGCAAAAGAGAGAGAAACCGCCUCUGCCGUUACGUGGGGAAUUGGCGCCGCCACUCGUCCAGUGGCGUUGAGAGAAAACUCGAAAGUCGCUGGUGAAAUCACAUCGCCAGGGGCAUCUCGACACGGCACUGGAAUUAAUGCUGCUGCUGGUGGUGCUGGUGGAUUGCAUAGAAAACGAAUUGGAAGUGUGGUGGCAAUUGCCGACACGUCUGCGGGGAAAACACGAGGACCGUCGCCAACCGCAACCCCAUCAUCACAGCAAUUACAACGACGUGAAACCAGACGUUCAGUUCAUUUUACAGAAGGUCGGAGAUCCACAAUACUACCAGCCACAAUCACAACAGCAACGACACGAUCUUCUUCAUCUGAACAAACGCGAGGUCGGUCUUCUUCACAGUGGCGUCCCGCUUUAGUUAUUGAACCACAGGAACAACCACGUUAUUUUCCUUAUUUUCUCUGUGAUUGGGCUCUUCACACAACUCUCUUACUUCAUUCACCUAAACCUUCUGCAAAGACAAUUGAUAUUUUACUUUCAUUAUUAGAUAAACGGGCUCCACUUACACCUUCGGCAGUACAAAUAUUUCUUGCUGCUUCUCGACCUGUUAAUCGAUGGGAAUCUAGUGAAGGUGAACUUCUAACUCUUAGUUAUACCACACGAACGCAUAAAGAUACUAUUUUACAUCUUUUAGUUCAAAAUGAUCAAGUUCAAUUGACACGGUAUUUCUUAGCAGCUGCCUUAUGUUACUUUACAUGUUAUCAAUAUGAUCCUCCUACGACUGUAAUGCCUCCAGAAUUUCCAUCCAUUGAAAUUCCAAAAACAGAAACUCAAGAAAAAAAUAAUAAAACAAAUCUUAUUACUGAAACAGAUGAUACAAAAAUGAACGCUGAAGAGGAAUCAUCACAUCCUGCAGUAUUUUUACGUAGUAUGUUACGUAUGAAUAAGUAUGGACUUACUCCUUUUGAUUACGCACGUGGACAAAUGAUAUCUGUUCUCACAGAAUAUGGAUGUGUACCACCAUCCUAUCGUCCAAAUCCACAAGGUUUCUGUCGUGCUAUACGUUUAACAACUAGUCAUACCCUUUUCUAUUCCGUUCCUCGUCUUUUACUUGUCUCUGAUGCUUUUACCAAACUUCAUGAUGAAGGUUCAGGUAAACACUCAAAGCGUGUAAUGGAAAGCAAAAUAAAAGAUGUUCCCGAUGCAACUAUUAUUCGUAAUCAAACAAUAAGUCAUCGUUCUACAAGAGUAAAUGUUUUACCAAAUAUUUUAACAGAUAAUGUAAGUCUUUUACAUCUUGGUCUUUGUUCUGCAGAUGAUGAACUUGUCAUACAAAGUAUUAAUGAAAAACGUCAAUCACAAUUAAAACGUAUUGUAUCUCCACAUAAAGGACCAAGGACACCAGUCUCUCAAGUACAUAGUUCAUUACCAACGACUUCACGUGCUUCUCCACAUGGUGUACGAGUUGAUUUAUCAUGGAACUCUAGUUCAAAGAAUAUGACGAAUACAUUUACUUCUAAUGCAACAAAUUCAAUGACUUUUGCGGGUAUAAAAAUAGAUAAGGAUCUUCCAAAUGCAUUUAAACUUCUAGAUGUACUUCGUGAACGGGGAUUUGUUACAUUUCCUCUUCUUCUUCCUUUAAUAGAUGAGUUUGGACAACCCAUUGGUGAUUCCCCACACUCAUCCGAUACUGCCAUUCUACUUAGUAUGACUCCUAUGAUGAUUGCACACUACGCAGGUAUUGUUAAACGCGAGGAUGGAAGUGCACCACCGGUAGUAACGGCAACAGAACCUCCAGCAAAGAAAAAGAAAGGAGGUCGUGGUAAAAACACCGGUACGGAAUCCAUCACGAUUCUCCCGCGGUUUACACCUGGCAGUGGAACCAUCAAUGGACGUCAUCCCGCAGAUGUGCUCGACACUUGGGUGACCACACGGCGUACAAAGACAAAGGGAACCGCACGGGAGUUACAACAACACCCACAAGCACACGUACUUAUUAGAGUAUUGGGAACUGGAGUGGCGGGACGUACCAUUCGUCUUCUUGGACUCACAACGGCACCAUCAUAUGAACAACGAAAUUGA